GCAUAUGACUUCCUGCCUCCCUUCAGAUGCAGAAUUUAAGAAAGUGUCAGUCGGUCUGAAGUGUUAUAUCUCUCUUUACGCUGAAAGAAAAAUGGAAAAGCAUUCAAAAUGAAGAUAUUCAUUACUGGGAAAACCGAGUAGACGUCUGGAAUUAGAAACGGACCGUUUGCAUGUCUAAGGUGGCGAAUGGGUGCCGCUGAGUGAGAGUCGGUCGCUAGCUCGUUGAGUUCUGUGUGAACCCGAGUUCAUCUACUGUUUUACACAAGGUCUUCUUUCCGAGAGCACGAACGUGAACCCUGACGAAACAAGCAAGGCGCUGGUGGCUGCGAUGGAAGAGGUCGAUAAAAUUUUAAUUCAUUCGCUCAGACAAACUGGGACGGAUGUGGCAGAGGACAUUCAGAGCGUGAAGCAGUUCACCAGCGAGCUGAUUGUGGAGGCAGUGGUGCGAUGUCUGCGUGUGAUCGACCCACCUCUGGGCAAUGGCCUGUCUGCCACACUGCCACCUGGCAUGUCCGCUCGUUUCCGGCUAGGCAUGAGUCUGGCACAAGCUUGCCAGGACCUUGGCUACAAGGGGGAGAUUGGCUACCAGACGUUUCUCUAUAGCAACGAACCCGAAAUCCGCUCUCUGCUCAUGUUCCUGGUGGAGAAGCUUCCAAGGGAAAGUGCAGAAGCCUCUGAUCAGCCUACAGGCAAGUUGGCCCUAUUGCAAAAAUCUAUCGCUGACCAGAUCAAAGCUCAGCUAGCUGUCUCCUGGGUGCCUCCUUCCUGCCGUUUGCCCUUUCUCUGCCAAACACAGAGCCCAGGUGUAUCUCACAGUUUCCAUUCUCAGCCUCUGAGUUUACCUCAUUUUUCUAAAGCGUCUGGGAAAAAUCUAAAAGAGGUGAAGAAGUAUUACAAGGAUUUUUUGUUGCCUGUGACUGCCCAGCCUUCCCAGCAUUCUUCAGUGCCUGCCUCCCUGUUGGAGCACCAUGCCUUGGAGCUUAGUGCUGCCCAAGAAUGGGAGAAUGAGUGGAACAGUCAAGGUCUCCUGUCCAGACUUAGCCCUGAGGACUAUCGGUCCAGAAAACGUGCACGGCUUCAGAAACGCAUUUUGGAACAGCUUCGAGUAGCUGCUCAGCCAUGCCUUGACUCUCAGAAUGCACCAAGAUCAGGCCAAGACUUAGCAGAGCUACUCCACUCAUUUGGAGGGGCCAGCAUUGGGGGAAAUGUACUUACAAAGGGCACGCGCUUCACCCACACUGAGAAAUUCACCUUUACACAGGACCCUGAAAAAGCUGCCCAGCAGAUGGCGGCAGCAGCAAACUCGCUGCCUAAUUCCCACCAGUCAGAAGAAGAUCUUCGGGCCCGGCAGCAAGAGGAAGUAGCAUCUCUUCAACAGCAGCUACAGCAGCUGUCCCUGCGUAUGGAGGAAGUGGGUGGAGACAUUAAAAAGUUCACACAGUCGAUUAGCCAGGUGUCUGAUGAGUUGAAGCAGUGGGAGGCAAGUAAUAUGGAAAAGGAGGCCUCUGUCAGGGUGAAGAAGCAGACUGUCGACCUUUUACCAGAUGCAGAGAACAACUUGGCCAAGCUCCAGGCACUUGUGGAGAGCAGUGCGAAAAGGGUAGCCAGUCUUUCCUCACAAUGGGAGAAGCACCGUGCCCCCCUUGUGGAGGAGCACCAGCGACUCAAGGAGCUCAGCAGCAGUCAUGAGCUUGAAUCAUCACGCAAGCUCUCUGAAAUAAAAGACCUACAUGACAAAAUAAGACAAUCUGCAGAGGAUGCCAAAAAGAAGGAAGGACUCUACAAGCAGCUGAUGAAAGAAUUUGAGAACUUACCCAAAGAUGUUUCUCGAUCAGCCUACACUAUGAGAAUAUUAGAGAUUGUUGGCAACAUCAAGAAACAGAAGGAGGAAAUCACAAAGAUAUUGUCAGACACCAAGGAUCUUCAGAAAGAGAUAAACAGUCUGACUGGCAAGCUGGAUCGAACUUUUGCAGUAACUGAUGAACUGGUCUUCAAGGAUGCCAAGAAAGAUGAAUCGGUUCGCAAAUCAUACAAGUACCUGGCAGCUCUGCAUGAGAACUGUACCCAGUUGAUCCAGACUAUUGAAGACACUGGGACGAUCAUGCGAGAAAUCCGAGACCUGGAGGAGCAGAUCGAAACGGAGAAUGGCAAGAAGACUGUGAGCAACCUGGAGAAGAUCCUGGAAGAUUAUAAAGCCAUUCGACAGGAGAACUCUGCCCUGGCAGCUAAGAUCAGAGAGGCUUGAGACUGGGAUCUCACCACAGGGCCCCCUUGGUGCCUGCUGGUAAAGUGACUGGCAAUACACACACUUGACCGCCCAGUACAGAAGCAAGAAGCACAUAAUCUCCGGACUGUCCAACCGUCCAUUUUUGCAGCAGGACUUAUUGCCUGUCUGAGCGAGCACCUAAAUGGGGGGGGGUUUGUACUAAAGUGACAUUAAAAAGAAUUUUAAUGCACAAAUUUAAGUGACUUUAAUCUCACAAUGUCCUUAUACAUCAUUAUAAAACAUGAAUGAAAAUUGAGGUCUAGUUUGUCUGUAAGAGAUUGGUAGAACAUGACCCCAUGAUUGUUUUCUCUUUAUUUCUUGUGCAUAAGGAUACAGUGAAAUUAAUUGGAUUUGAAUUCAUCUUCUAAAAAAAUAAACACUGCAUGGGAUACAGAUUUUGCCAAGAGAAGUGGGAAUAUAAGAAUUUCAGAUAUUUGAAGUAUUUAGCCAUUUUAAUAUUCUUGUUGUCAAGGUACAAUUUUCUGGCAAAGAUAUUAGUUCUUUAGAAUUAUACAAUUAUUGGUUAUGACAGAUUGAUUUUAAAAAAAAAAAAAAAAGGUCAGCCAUUUUUUUCUACAGGUUUAUUGCUUGGCUCAAAUUAAGGUGUACAAUCAAGACGUGGAAGGCAUGCAUUUGUAUACAACAUUUAACAUACCGUGUUUCAGCACUCUUAAUGUGGCUCACUGAUUAUACUUUGCUUUUUUUUUUUUUUAAAAAAAAAUCAUCCAGACAUGAAAAUUGAGUGUCAUGACUUUGAGUUCACUUAAAGGGCAUAGAAGUCAUAAUAGAAAAUGGGAUGUAGUGGGAAGAAUCCUGCUCUUUGACCUCUGAGGGUGUUUUACGCAUCUAGUUCAUCAGUUUACUCAUCAAUGUCAGUGUAAUCAAAAGUGUGUGCCUUGAAGAAGGAUGUUUAAGUAGUUCUUUCUGUAUGUUGUACCCCAUUUCGGCAGUAUGUGGAAGGUGGGGGAUUUGGUUCGAGCUAUUUUUGCUAAAUCCUGGUACUUCAUAUUAACUACUCAUCUGUCAAAAUUUUACAAGCAAAUUUUGACAAGGAACCAGGAUUCUUUUGAAUUGUAACAGCUUGCUCUUCUGUUCUCACUAAACACCAAGAGUCAUUACAACAGAUGCCAUUAAGAAGCUAGCUGAAUUCCUUAAUAUUAAAAGUUUAUUUUUAUCUUGUUCAUACACUUAUAAAAUGUACAUGUAAAUACAUUGUGUGGCCUAGUCAUGAUUUAGAAGAAUUUGUCUGAGGAUCAAUGAAUGAGCUCUGUUUAGGUCUUAAAAUCAUUUUUUCUCAAUGUGUGCUUGCCCCUUUGAACUCUAAAUGCUGCUUAUGUUUUGUUUUAUUUUUAUUUUGAAUAUAAAACUUAAAUUAGUUCGUCUUCAGAGUGACAUUAAAUUAGUCCAGGAUGGUUUGCGAAAAUGGCUAAAUAUCUGAUUCCUUAUACGGUUGCCCUCUGUGGACUGCAAGAGUGAUUAUUUUUGAUUAUCUUAUGCCUGGUGCUAAGUACAAGAAGACAACUUGAUUGAAGCCUCAGGUACCCCUGAAUAAAAUUCGUAUAUUAUAGAUAUUGCUCUUCAGUUGAGCACUUUUAAAUCUCAUUAGUCAUUAAUGGUUUAUACCAGUUAAGUUUGCUGAGUAGUUUUUAAGCUUAAUUCACUGUUCUAAUUAUUUCUUUUAUUAGUUCCUUAGCUGAACAAUUCAUUUAAAAAGAUAUUUUAAUUUGGCCCUCAGUUAAGGUAUUUAGAUGAUUUCUGGACCUGGGUUAAAUGCAAUGUCAAGGAUAGGAUCUCAAUUUAACUCAUCCUCCAGAAUUUCUAACUGGACAUUUAAGUAUUCCUAAUUUAAAUGCCAUGUCUUAAUAAUAAGAAUUUAUUUAAAACAUAAAUACUGUCAUGUCUGGUGUUUUUAUUUUUUAUUUUUAUUUAAAACAUCCAUUGUGUUGUCUCUUUCACUUGGCUCUUCUGUCACUGUUGUGCCUGUACCUUACAGGUUUAGGUUAGAAACAUGUCAAUUUUGCUAAUGAAAUAAAGUAGAAAUGCAGUCCAGGUAUGUUUCUUUGUACUAGUUGUACAUUUUCAAAGACAAACAGAGAAAUUGUCCUAGUAUUAAAUAGUAUGAUUGUAGUCAUUAGACUUCCCUAGAACUCUUCCCACGUGGGAAACAAAGUACUGGAUAUCUAAUACUUUUUAUGAAAUUUGUGGCUUCAGGGGUUUAUAUGUAAGUAUGUUAUACUUUGAUUUUAUUUUCACUUCUGUAUUACUCUGCUCUUUAUCAAGACAGGUAAUCUGCAUUCACACAACCCAAUGCUGAAUGUGACAAAGUCUGAUUUAAAAUUAUUGCAGGGUCAGGAUUGUUGUUUGUAUUUAUGUGUGUUUGCCAUUUCAUGAAGGGUCAAAAAAUAUCAAUGUUAUUUGUGUAUCAUA